UACCCAUAUUAAUUUCACAACUCAAACUGAAGCAUUCUCCCCCUCUGUCACCUUCAAUCCCAGCUCCUGCUCCCCACACUCUGAAAUUCCUCUUGGCACUUUUCCCUAAUCGAAAUAAAGUUCAGCGAUUUUCCACUAACCCAACUUUCCAUGGCAUUUCGGAUUACAAAAUCAUCCAGUUUGCUCUCCUCUGCCUUUAUUUUCACCAACCACACUAUUGAACAUUUCCAUAUCAUGUUCACAACAGGACCAAUGUUGAGGAUUCGUGCUCAACGCCACAUCUCAACGGACCAAACCAGUCUUAUUGAGUGGGAUGAUGCUAAGACAGAUGGCCAAGAAUUUCGGAAAUGGUACAAUGGAGGUGGCAUGUUUCAUAAAUUUUCUUGCAUUGAUCCAACUGCUUUUAUAGGAACCGGUGCAUUGGUUCAUUCAAAAUCUGUUGUGGCAGCAAAUGCAUACAUUGGAUCAGGAAGCAUUGUUGGACCUGCUGUUACAGUUGGUCAAUCAACAAGACUAGGGUAUAAUGUUGUACUCACCAAUUGCACAAUUGGCGAUUUUUGUAUUAUUCACAAUGGUGUCUGCAUUGGUCAAGAUGGUGAAUCUGUCACGCUGCUAAAUGUCCUUUAUUUCUGGGAACUAGAACUAAUUUAUGAUUUAUACUCCUCUAUUAUUUGUUUUGGGUUUUUAGUUGAUGAACAAGGGCACAUGGUGAAGAAGCCUCAAAACCUGGAAGCAAGGAUAGGCAACCAUGUAGAAAUAGGAGCAAAUACAUGCAUUGAUAGGGGAAGUUGGCGAGAUACUAUAAUAGGGGAUCACUCAAAAAUUGAUAAUCUGGUUCAGGUAGGUCACAAUGCUGUGAUUGGGAAUAACUGCAUAGUUUGUGGACAAGUUGGCAUUGCUGGUUCAGUGACGAUAGGAGACUAUGUCACUUUAGGCGGAAGAGUUGCAAUUCGUGAUCAUGUCUGUAUUGCAUCAAAGGUCAGAUUAGCAGCUAAUAGCUGUGUCACCAAGAAUAUCAAUGAAUCUGGGGAUUAUGGCGGGUUCCCUGCUAUUCCAAUUCGUGAAUGGCGUAAGCAAGUUGCUACUCACCGCCGGACGUUGAAGGAGUUCGCGGGAUCUAAGUAUUUUUAGCUCAAUCACUUGUUAUGAAUUUACUCAAGUUGACCAAAAACAAGAACCCAACAUACAGGGCUUGACCUUUUGUUUA